AUUAACUAAAAGCCCACCCGGAUGAGGAUGGAAUUGGGUGUUGUGACAGGAAUAGGAGUGGGUAGGCUGAGCCUGGCUCCACCCCCAAAUUUGAAAUUGAAAGCCAAGAGGGUGUUUAGCGGGAAAAGCGGCGGCCUUGUAAUGGACGACGACAAGGAGGACACAAUGAUGGGUGGGACUGGGAGCAGAAGAAGAAGCAGCAGGAGCAGGAAGGCGAAGAAAACGACCGACGAGGAGGAGGAGGAUGAGAAGAAGAAGAGAAGACGGGCGAGCAAAAAGACAUCAUCAGGGCUUAGUACUAGCAGUGUGAUGAUUGAUAUAGAAGAUUUUGGGAAAGAGCAGUCUUUUGAAAUUAGGUCCUCUCUUCUUGAUUGGUAUGACAAUAACCAAAGAGAUCUCCCGUGGCGCAAAACCACCACUUGUAGUGACAGGGCUUAUGCUGUCUGGGUUUCCGAGAUUAUGCUUCAGCAGACCAGGGUUGAUACCGUUAUCCGUUAUUUUAUUCGUUGGAUCCACAAGUGGCCCACUCUUGUUCACCUUUCCCAUGCCUCUCUUGAGGAGGUGAAUCAGAUGUGGGCAGGCUUGGGUUAUUACCGCCGCGCUAGGUUCCUCCUGGAGGGAGCUAAAUUCAUUGUCCAACAAGGAGGUCACUUCCCAACUACACUUUCUGAGCUUCGCAAGGUUCCUGGAAUUGGGGAUUAUACAGCUGGUGCUAUUGCUUCUAUAGCCUUCCAACAGGCAGUUCCCGUGGUCGAUGGAAACGUGGUCAGGGUGAUUGCCAGGCUAAAGACUAUAUCUGCAAACCCCAAAGACUCUACAACUGUUAAGGCUAUGUGGAAAUUAGCAGGGCAAUUAGUCGAUCCUGACAGGCCGGGAGAUUUUAAUCAGGCUCUCAUGGAACUUGGUGCCACAGUAUGCACUUUACAUAAUCCAAGCUGCUCCACAUGCCCGGUCUCAGGUCAAUGUCGUGCACUGUCAGUAUCAAUAAAUGAUAGAUCAGUAUCUGUCAAGGAUUAUCCAACAAAAGUUGUCAAGGCCAAAAAAAGACAUGAAUUUUCUGCCGUGACUGUUGUGGAAAUAAUAGAAGAUGAAGCCCUGAUGGAUCAACCACAAUGUAAUAGUAGAUUCCUCCUCGUAAAGAGACCAGAUAAAGGUUUACUUGCUGGCCUUUGGGAGUUUCCAUCUGUUCCAUUAAUAGGCGAGGUAGACUUGGUCACAAGGAAAGAUGCAAUCGACCAAUAUUUGAAGUCAUUUGAUCUCGAAUCUGGAAGUACAUGUGAAGUAGUUUUAAGAAAAGAUGUAGGAGAAUAUGUACAUAUCUUCAGUCACAUACGUCUCAAGAUGUAUAUAGAGUUGCUGGUUCUACAUCUAAAAGGCAGGAAGUGUGUGAAUCUGGAAAAAGAGAACAUGGAAUGGAAGUAUGUUAAUAGCAAGGACGUAGGAAGCCUAGGACUAACAUCUGGAGUGAGGAAGGUCUAUGAUAUGAUUCAGAAAUUUAAGGAUACUAUCCCACCAAAAAGUGACAAAAAGGUGCCAGAGAAGUUGUGAGAGAGUUCCUGAUCUCUAGUAAACGAACAAUGAUUACCUGACAAAAGUUGGUAGAAGCUCCUGCUCAUUUUAAGGAAAGCGGAAAAUGCUGGACCUCAACAGAUGUAGUAAUGCCAUAAGCUUUAAAUUAUUCAUGAAGAAGUUGUUGAGUCGUUUUGUGAAGCUGAUGUAUUUGACAUUUGUGUGAUUUAGUUUCAUAUUUUUACUCCACAAACAAGACCCCUAGCUAGGAGCAGUUGAUGGAUCCUGAAUAUUUGUGUCUGAAUGCUAAAAGUUGCAAAAACAGAAACUUGAAGUA